AGGCCCAGGACUGGGCACUCCCCCCGGGAGCGAAGGCUGCUGGGCCUGAUGACGUGGCCUGGCGACGUCUGCGCCGGUUCGGCCUCCUGGGGACACAGCACGGUUGGAACUGACUGUGGCCUAGUCCCGACGCACGAGUGUCAGUGAGCAGGAACUGGGGGCAGCAGCGGCGGCUCUGGUGGCUCUGGCUUGCGGGAACCGGACAGGGACACUGCCCUGAGGGAAUGACGUGCCCACGUUGGCUGUUCCGCGGCAACGGGGAGACAUGAAGAGAUCCCGCGGUGGGGGCAGUGGCGGCGGCUCUUGAGCCCCGGAAUGGAAGAGAAAUACGGCGGGGAUGUGUUAGCCGGCCCGGGCGGCAGCAGCCUCGGGCCGGUGGAUGUGCCCAAUGCUCGAUUAACGAAAUUUAUUGUGUUGCUGUGUUUCACCAAAUUUUUUAAGGCUGUGGGACUUUUUGAAUCCUAUGAUCUCCUAAAAGCAGUUCACAUUGUUCAGUUCAUUUUUAUAUUAAAACUUGGGGCUGCAUUUUCUAUGGUUUUGUUUCAAAAGCCAUUUUCUUCUGGGAAAACUAUUACCAAACACCAGUGGAUCAAAAUAUUUAAACAUGCCAUUGCUGGGUGUAUUAUUUCACUUUUGUGGUUUUUUGGCCUUACUCUUUGUGGACCACUAAGGACCUUGCUGCUAUUUGAACACAGUGAUAUUGUUGUUAUUUCUCUGCUUAGUGUUUUGUUCACAAGUUCUGGAGGAGGACCUACAAAGACAAGAGGAGCUGCUUUCUUCAUUAUUGCUGUGAUCUGUUUAUUGCUUUUCGACAAUGAUGAUCUCAUGGCUAAAAUGGCUGAACACCCCGAAGGACAUCACGACAGUGCUCUCACUCACAUGCUGUACACAGCCAUUGCCUUCUUAGGUGUGGCAGAUCACAAGGGUGGAGUACUGUUGUUGGUACUGGCUUUGUGUUGUAAAGUUGGCUUUCACACAGCUUCCAGAAAGUUUUCCAUAGAUGUUGGUGGAGCCAAACGUCUUCAAGCUUUAUCCCAUCUUGUUUCUGCGUUGAUCUUAUGUCCAUGGGUUAUCAUGCUUUCUGUGACCACUGAGAGUAAGGUAGAGUCUUGGUUUUCUCUCAUUAUGCCUUUUACAACGGUUAUUUUUUUUGUUAUGAUCCUGGACUUCUAUGUGGAUUCCAUUUGUUCAGUCAAAAUGGACGUUUCCAAAUGUGCCCGCUAUGGGUCCUUUCCCAUUUUUAUUAGUGCUCUCAUUUUUGGAAAUUUUUGGACACAUCCCCUAACAGACCAGCUUCGAGUUAUGAACAAAGCAGCACACCAGGAGAGCACUGAGCAUGUCCUGUCUGGAGGCGUGGUUGUGAGUGCUAUAUUCUUCAUCUUGUCUGCCAAUAUUUUAUCAUCUCCCUCUAAGAAAGGACAGAAAGGUACCCUUAUUGGAUAUUCUCCUGAAGGAACACCUCUUUAUAACGUCAUGGGUGAUGCUUUUCAGCAUAGCUCUCAAUCCAUGCCUAGGUUUAUUAAAGAAUCAUUAAAACAGAUCCUUGAGGAGAGUGAUUCUAGGCAGAUCUUUUACUUCUUGUGCUUGAAUAUGCUUUUUACCUUUGUGGAAUUAUUCUAUGGUGUGUUGACCAAUAGUCUGGGACUGAUCUCUGAUGGAUUUCACAUGCUCUUUGACUGCUCAGCUUUGGUCAUGGGACUGUUUGCUGCCCUUAUGAGCAGAUGGAAAGCAACUCGGAUUUUCUCUUAUGGGUAUGGCCGAAUAGAAAUUCUCUCUGGAUUUAUUAAUGGACUUUUUCUAAUGGUAAUAGCUUUUUUUGUGUUCAUGGAGUCAGUGGCUAGAUUGAUUGAUCCUCCAGAAUUAGACACACACAUGUUAACACCAGUCUCAGUUGGAGGACUGAUAGUAAACCUUAUUGGUAUCUGUGCCUUUAGCCACGCCCAUAACCACAGCCAUGGAGCUUCUCAAGGAAGCUGUCACUCAUCUGAUCACAGCCAUUCACACCAUGGUCACGGACACAGUGACCAUGGGCACGGGCAUGGGCACAGCCAUGGAUCUGCAGGUGGAGGCAUGAAUGCGAACAUGAGGGGUGUAUUUCUACAUGUUUUGGCAGACACACUUGGCAGUGUUGGUGUGAUCGUAUCCACAAUUCUUAUAGAGCAGUUUGGAUGGUUCAUUGCUGACCCUCUCUGUUCUCUUUUUAUUGCUAUAUUAAUAUUUCUUAGUGUUGUCCCACUAAUAAAAGAUGCCUGUCAGGUCCUACUUCUGAGACUGCCACCAGAGUAUGAAAAAGAGCUACAUAUUGCUUUAGAAAAGAUACAAAAAAUUGAAGGCUUAAUUUCAUAUCGAGACCCUCAUUUUUGGCGUCAUUCUGCCAGUGUUGUGGCAGGAACAAUUCAUAUACAGGUGACAUCUGAUGUGCUGGAACAAAGAAUAGUACAGCAGGUUACAGGAAUACUUAAAGACGCUGGAGUAAACAAUUUAACAAUUCAAGUGGAAAAAGAGGCAUACUUUCAACAUAUGUCUGGCCUCAGUACUGGAUUUCAUGAUGUUCUCGCGAUGACAAAACAAAUGGAGUCCAUGAAAUGCUACAAAGAUGGUACUUACAUCAUGUGAGAUAUCUCAAGAAUUACCUCUGGGAUUUGAACAAUGAAGAUGAAAUGGCUUAAAUGACUCAGUAUUUAUAAUAUUUCCAGAAUGAAGAAAAUUGCACAUAAUUGUACAGAAAUAUUUUACCAUAUUUGAAAAUAUUUUUUAAACUCCCUACUAUUGGAUCAAGGAAUCUUUCUUGUAAGAAACUUAAAUGCAGAAUGAAGCAUUAAUUAUACAAGUUAAAUAUUUGAAUUAUGUGUAUAAACAGAAUCUUAAAAUUUGAGUGAGCAUGAUGUAUCACAUCAUCUUGGAGAAUGGACAGCUAAUGAUGUAUCUAGUGACGACCAAAAGUACUUCUGUGUGUUUAUUUUCUGUCAGAAAGUAUCUCCAAUGUAAAUGUGUACUUACAUGUUUAUUACAAAGACCCAAAUGAAAAUUUGAAAUUUUUGUCAGUUUUUUGCAUAACAUAAGGAUAAAACAGGAAUAAAAAUUCUAUAUUUAUGGAUUUUCUGUAUAUAAAACUGAUUUAUAAUUACAGUCCAAGUUCAGUAAGUAUAACAUGUAUUGCCGCUUUAAAUGUGUACUAAACUAUUUGGGAGAAACGUCAACCACUGAUAGAAGACAAGCAGUGAGAAUAGAAAAGUACAACAUUACAGUUUGUGAUGUAUUAGAAAACCAACCACUCUGUUAAAUAAAUUUUUUACUUUUGGUAA